UAGGCAACGGCCGGUUGAGCUUUUUCCACACUACACGCUUUUUGUUAUCUACACAUCGAAUAUCCCGGAAGGGAGAAGUGUAGAUGUCCCCCGGGCUCUUCUGGAUCGGGUCAUCACUUUGCGUCCCCUAUCUCUUGGCUAAGAGACCCUUGGCUCCCAUGUUAUCUACUAUGUGGUUACGGAGAGGAAGGUCAUUUGGCUUAAACCCCUCAGGGUUCGAUCAUGUUUUUUUUUUUCUUUCUUUGGUCCCUUCCGGCGAUAUAUGUAGUAGGGGUGGUUGGUUCAUCAGCAUUCUCAAGCAACUCGCGCGGCUCGGGCUAGUAGUGUAUGGCUCGGACAAGUGCAUGGUUUAUAUUUUCUCUAUAUUCUUGGCUGUUGAGGGGCUGGCGGGAAAGAGAAGCGAAAAGGGAGCAGGGACAGCUUCUGAUACCACGAGCUCUUGUCUGGUGGAUCAUGUAGGACUAGGAGAAAAAAGGAAACAGUGCACCUUGCAUCGCUGCCAACUUGUGAGACUUUCCCGCUCGUAAAGCCUCUGCCCGUGUCUGCUGUCGAGAGGUGGGACUACGGAGAAUCCCUAUCAUGACCGUCUUUAGUUGCUGAUCUCUUACGCGGCGGCUGAGUUGGCCAAGGCAGCCUGGGGCGGAGAUUCAGGCUUAAGACUCGGCGUGGCAAAGCAUGUUGAACCAAUUCCCAUCGCGGCACUCAUGGUCGCGGAGCUGUAACAGGCCGUCAGGUCUGGUUUGCCGGUGGGGUUUAUGGUCAGGCCAUGUGUCAAACGCUGACCUCGAGAUGUUCAAAGGCAGCACAGUCGGCUCGGGUCACGAUUCAUCAAAGCCGGGCGU